UGUCCAUGGGAAAGGACGUCGAAAAACAAUUCCCGGUGGCCGUAAACGAAACUCGCGUCGAUUAAAACAGCAUUAGUGGUUACACGAACUGUGGAAUUAAAAAUGAAUUAAGGUGUUGACGUAAUAAAUACGAGAGCCGAUGGAACUUGUUACCUUGAUGAACAGGUAGGGAUCGUGCAAUGCGCGACGUGCGUGAUGGUAGCACUCGGCGUGUUCGUGCUACUGACAGUGUUGGACUCCUGUGUUCCUCUUUACCAUCACCAGUUCGCCGUUCACGUCCCCGGUGGGGCACGGCUUGCCGACGAACUGGCACACAAACACGGCUUCAUUAAUCAUGGACAGAUUGGCAAUUUGAAGCAUUUUUUCUUAUUGUCACACCCGCAUGUCAGCAAGCGUUCAACAAACUCGAGUAUAGAACACGAGAAUAGACUGAAAAAUGAUCCCCAGGUGAGAUGGGUAAUGCAGCAGAGGGAGUUGAGAAGAACAAAACGGGACCACCAGAAACCACGUCACGUGAUGAGGCAAACCAGUGCCCCAGCCUUCCCAGACCCACUAUUCAAGGAACAGUGGUAUUUGAAUGGUGGUGCGGCAGAUGGACUGGACAUGAAUGUAGGUUACGCAUGGAGGAAAGGAUAUACAGGGAAAGGAGUAGUUAUCACUAUCUUAGAUGAUGGAAUACAGCCGAAUCAUCCAGACUUAUCGCAAAAUUAUGAUCCUGCCGCAUCGACAGACAUAAAUGGGAACGAUACGGAUCCGACUCCGCAGGACAAUGGCGACAAUAAACACGGCACCCGGUGUGCCGGGGAGGUCGCUGCGGUCGCUUACAAUAGAUAUUGUGGCGUUGGUAUAGCGUAUAAUGCUAGCAUCGGUGGCGUCAGGAUGUUAGACGGCCUCGUUAACGACGCAGUGGAAGCACAAGCACUCGGUUUCAACACCCAUCACAUAGAUAUUUAUAGUGCUUCCUGGGGACCGGAGGAUGACGGCAAAACUGUCGACGGCCCAGGCCCCUUAGCUAGAAGGGCCUUCAUAAAUGGAGUAACAAAUGGUAGGGGCGGCAAAGGUUCUAUUUUUAUAUGGGCAUCGGGCAACGGUGGAAGGCAUACGGACUCGUGUAAUUGCGACGGAUAUGCUAAUAGUAUAUUUACGAUAUCUAUAUCGAGCGCCACGCAAGGCGGCUAUAAACCUUGGUAUUUAGAGGAGUGUUCGUCGACCUUAGCUUCGACUUAUAGCUCGGGGACUCCUGGUAGGGACAAAAGUGUAGCUACAGUUGACAUGGACGUACAAUUACGACCUGACCAUAUAUGCACAGUCGAUCAUACAGGUACGUCGGCAUCGGCCCCAUUGGCAGCGGGAAUAUGUGCUCUCGCUUUAGAAGCUAAUCCUUUAUUAACCUGGAGGGACAUACAACACCUCGUAGUAAUGACAUCGCGAUCUCAACCUCUAGAAAAAGAAGAGGGAUGGAUAGUGAAUGGUGUAAAAAGAAAAGUGAGUCAUAAAUUCGGUUAUGGCCUAAUGGAUGCAGCCCAAAUGGUUACUUUAGCAGAACAGUGGUCGACUGUACCUCCUCAACAUAUUUGUAAGUCACAGGAAAUAAGUGAGGAUAAGUCGAUCGAAACUUCCUUUGGUUACACUAUAUCGGUUCACAUGGAUGUAAAUGGCUGCGGUGGUACAAUGAACGAAGUUAGAUAUUUGGAACAUGUUCAGUGUAAAAUUUCACUAAGCUUUUUCCCAAGAGGUAAUUUACGGAUACUGCUUACAUCGCCAAUGGGAACUACGUCCACCCUUUUAUUUGAAAGGACGCAUGACGCAACGAGCUCUAACUUUGAUGAUUGGCCGUUUUUGAGCGUUCAUUUCUGGGGUGAAAACGCCGAAGGGCGAUGGACGCUUCAGAUAAUAAACGCCGGAAAUAAUCACGUGACUCAAGCGGGAGUACUAAAAAAGUGGCAGUUAAUAUUUUACGGCACUGCUACAAAUCCCAUACGGUUACGCAAUAAAGGCUAUUUCAACUCUAACAAUGUUUACCUGGAGGAAAAAACAUACCAUAUAAAUGAUGUUUACGACGCGUCAGAAUAUUCACAAUUUCUGAACGAAAUCGAGCUCGGUAUUUCCGAUAGGCGUAGUUAUCCGAAAAAUAUUCCUUCGGCACAGCGAAAAAAUGUGCUAGCGGAUGCCAAUGAUAAACAAGUACAAAGAUUAUGUGACCCGGAAUGUGAUUCACAGGGUUGUUACGGUAAAGGACCGACCCAAUGUGUUGCUUGUAAACACUAUCGAUUGGACAACUCUUGUGUUUCAAGAUGCCCACCUAGGAGCUUUGUUAAUCAAGGCGGUGUUUGUUGGCCGUGUCAUGAAUCUUGUGAAACUUGUGCCGGGGCUGGUCAAGAUUCCUGUCUAACGUGCGCUCCUGCACACUUAUUGGUUAUCGAUUUAGCUGUAUGUUUACAACAAUGUCCCGAUGGAUAUUAUGAAGAUCCAGAUGCCAAUGCCUGUUUUCCAUGUGCAGAACACUGUGACACGUGUUCAGAAAAGGCCGAUAUGUGUUCCUCUUGUAUUCAUAACUAUGUUCUCUAUAAUGGAUCCUGUUUAGCUGCUUGCCCACCAGGCACAUAUCAAAAAGAUGACUUUGGUUGUAUGUCAUGCCAUGAAACAUGUGAGUCUUGCCAUGGACCAAGUGAAAUAGACUGUGUAUCAUGCCGAAUAGGCGAUUAUUCAUAUAAAAAUAGCUGUAUCCCGAAAUGUCCUAUAGGAUUUUAUGCGGAUGCACAAAGAAGGGAAUGUCUAUCGUGUCCUAUCGGAUGUUCAAUUUGCACGUGUGCCAUUUGUUCCGUUUGCCAAGAGAAAUGGAUUCUUACUAAAGGAGGAAAUUGUCUUCCGGAUGGCAAUGACAAAUGCGACACCAGCGAAUAUUACGAGGGCGGUCGUUGCAAGAAUUGUCAUUCGACUUGCGAGAAAUGUAGCGGAUCAAAUGAGUGGGACUGUUUGUCUUGUUCAAGUCCAUUGUUAUUACAAGGAUCUAGAUGUGUUGCGGAGUGUAAUCAAGGAUACUAUCAAACUGCUGGACGUUGUUCGCAAUGUCCGCACACCUGUUCCACGUGUGUGUCCAGAUUGAACUGCACAUCGUGUGCCGGUGCCUUACGUUUACAGUCUGGGACAUGCCGAGCGACAUGUGCACCCGGAUAUUACCCUGAUGAUGGAACGUGUUCUAAGUGUUACUUAUCAUGUGAGACUUGUACGGGACCUAGACGCGAUCAGUGUGCGUCGUGCCCGCCAGAUUGGAGGUUAGCCGCUGGGGAAUGCAGACCAGAGUGUCCACAGAAUUUCUUCCCAUGGGAGGACAGUUGUCGUCGCUGUCACCAUUACUGUCAGGACUGUCACGGUGCUGGUCCUCAGCGUUGCACGUCAUGUCCACCUCACUUCUCCUUAGAAGGUGGACUGUGUGUUGAGUGCCUUAGCUCGCAGUAUUAUGAGCCUAGGACGAGGACAUGUCGUCCUUGCCAUGACUCUUGUAGGUCCUGCUCUGGGCCUGGACCUACUAAUUGUGUGACGUGUGCUCAUCCCCUUCGUUUAGAUAGGAUGAAUUAUAAAUGUCUACCGUGUUGUACAGAGAGUAUGUUCUCGUUCUAUUUGAGUACGAAUCAAACAACAGACUGUUGCCAUUGUGAUAAAGAUAUCGGGGGCUGUCUAAACGGUUCGUCGGCGGGAAAACGUCGCAUCGCCGAAAACAUUCGCACUCACAUAACAGCGUCGUUUUUUGUAGACGACGCUACCGACUCUUCAAAUAUCUUGGACCGUAAUUUGUUGGCGGUGUGGAGUGUCGGCUCCACUAUACUCGCUGUCAUUGCUAUAGCUAUUGUGAUAAAGCUAAAAUCGAGGAAACGUAAUCAUCGCAGCCUGUUCCCUAAAACUGAAUACUCUCAACUGACCACAAUAGAUGAGGAUCUUGUGACAUUGACCUCGUCAACUACAGCAUUAAGGAGUGAAAUCGAAUGUCCCAUACAAACUAUAAGUGAAGUGGAGGAACCAACAUAGUAAAAGGUUAAAUCUAUUGUAGGUUAAAUUUAACCAGCAGACUGAUAACUAGACGUUUGGAUAUACAAUUUAUUAUGUAUAUAUUAAUUAUUGGAUUAUAUUAUAUUGUUUAUUUAAUUGUUUUUUUUAUAGCCAGUCAUUAAUUAAAAUAUAAAAUGAAACUAAAAAUUAAUGUAUGACAUUUUGGUCUCAAAGGCAAGUAAAUUUUUUAUACUAUUUUUAACAAUACCGUUUUGGCUACAGUUUCUGUUGGAAAGAACUGGCAAUAAACGCAAAUGUUCUGUUUCAAGUCAAUCCAUACACAUAUUAUAAAUGAGAAAGAGUGUUUGUCUGUCUGUUUAUUAUUUUUUCACUAAAUGACUGAAAUUAUUUUAAUGAAAUUUUACAUGAAGAUAGAUCAAAAUAAUAAACGAAGUCACGGGUACAGAUAAUAUCUCAUAACGAGAAAACUGGAGGGCAUUAUACUAAAUAUACUUAUUAAUAAUAAACAUACACAU